AUCUAACGACGUCGGUUCUUACGGCUCGCCACUAAACCUCUUUCCACGGUUAGUAUUCUGAAACCCUAAAGCAUCCAAAUUUUUUCCCUGAAAAUCUGCAGACCAAACAACCAACCAUGAAGGAGAAGACGGUUACGUGGCAAAUCAUCCACAUCCCUGACAAGCCACCGGUAUCUCCUAACCAGCAACCCACUGUGAAUGCUUUUGCGUCGUUGAUCGAGCCUAAGGUUGCAAAUACUCUUAUAAGGCGUUUAAAUCAGGUAGCUCCACUUGAAAAUCUCCGCCAUGUGAAGCGUAUACAGAAGAGACAUAUUGAAGGGAAAAUGCAGCUGUCAGUUAUCUUAUGCCUAGCUUCUGAGAACAACAAUCAAUUGAACAACUUGCCACAUGAUGUGCAAGAGCUAAUCAAUUCUUACCAGUUGAGUCCUUUUAUUACAAAAAUUUGCAAAUAUGCUGCAACGACUAAGGAAGAGUGGGAAGAACAAUGCAAGUUUUGGCCAACAUCAUUCCAUCCACCUACCUACAAUAUUGAUGGCAUUACUGGAUUUGGUGAAGAGGACUCGCAAUCUGUUUUCAACUUCAUGAAAGUGGCUACUGACCUGUCGAAAUCUGGUGAUGGUUCGAUUGUCAAUGCUGCAGUUAUAGUGGAUCCUUCAGUUCAGCAAAUUAUUGCAAGCGGGUGUGAUCAGAUCUAUUCAUGUCAUAAAGAGAACCACACUGAAAACAACCACUUUAACAUACCAGUUUCUCCUUUAGAUCCUGAUUCCAACAGUGUAGCAAGUCAUGCAACUGCAAUUCCAAACAGUCUGCAAUCACAUGAUAAACCUGAAACUUCAUGUGUUGCUGUUUCUUGUUUAAACCCUUGGCAGUGGUCUGGGCAACAAUUAAAUAAGCAAGGUUCUUUUAAUUGGCAUCCUUUACGACAUGCUGCUAUUGUUGCUAUUGAAUCUUCUGCAGAAAGGGAUAGGCAUCUCUUCCCUGUUUCUAAGGAAAAGGCUUUUGAAGUGGAACCGAUGCUGUCUUCAUGUGCAGAUUCUCCAGCAAAAAGACAAAAGACAAACAUUGCAAAUGUUGAGAAUGGGAAAGAAAUGGAUGCUCAUAAUGAAGCAACAUCAGUGAGACCCUAUCUAUGCACUGGUUACGACAUCUUUCUGGUUUGGGAGCCGUGUACCAUGUGUGCAAUGGCGCUUGUUCAUCAAAGAAUUAGGCGAAUAUUUUAUGCUUUCCCCAAUCCAAAUGCCGGUGCAUUGGGCAGUGUUCACAGACUACAAGGAGAGAAAAGCUUGAAUCAUCACUAUGCUGUUUUCAGGGUGGUUUUACCGGAAGAUGUUCUUAAUGUGGUUGAAACAGCCAGAAAAGAUGAUAAUGGUGAUCAAAUUGCAACUACGGCUGGUUAAAACGCACAUCCUGAUAUUGAAUGAGAUCAACCUGUUGUGGUCUAUUCUCCAGGAAGAUAAAGGAGUCAAUUAUUUUUCAGAAAUCUUGCCCUUGCAAAUGCAAAUGUUCUGUUAACGGCUAAUUAUUUUUUUAGAAAUCUUGAUCCAAACAUGUAGUUCUUGCAGUUUGUUCUAUUGAUGAUUCAUUUUUAGAUGUCAUAUUUGGAAUAAAGAUAUGUGGAGUUCAUUUUAUUUAUGAAUUAAUUUCACUAAAA